AUGGCGCAGAUAUACUCAGUGCGAGCCAACGUACGCAAAGACGAUGCAUAUUCUGUGAUGAGUGCCAGCAGUCAUACCCCUAGCACCAUAAGCUGUCUUGACAACAAGCAGCACGCCUCCAAGCGCCGGAUCCUAGCACAAUUAUUUACCGAUUCCGCACUCAAAGGGGUGGAAGAUCGCGUGUUGGCUCACAUCAACACAUUCUGCACCAGUCUCGGGGAUGCAGAAAAAGGGAAUUGGGGGAAAGUCAAGAAUGUCGCUGCAUUGUCCGAUUAUUUGACCUUUGACAUUAUAAGCGAUCUUUGCUAUGGGAAGGCAUUCGAUUUGCUGCAAUCGGAGGCCCUACGAUAUAUUCCGCGAGUUAUCACGCAUAUAAGCCGUCGCAACGCAAUUUGCUUUGUGCAGCCAAAAGUGUGGAAGUACAAAUUUGACCGAAUUUUUUUGUCCACCAUUUCUUCUCAAAUCAGGACAUUUGGAACUUGGAUCAAAGAACAGACAAAGACGCGAUCCUCGGUAGCUGAGAACGCGGGAUUGCAAGACUUCUUUACCCACUUGUCCAUAGCGAGGGAUUCGAAGACAGAGAGAUCUUUCAGUCAAAAAGAAAUCUGGGUGGAACUUCUGCAACUAGUCAUCGCGGGUUCCGAUACAACCGCCGUUGCAAUCAGCGGUGUCUUCUUCUAUCUCGUUCAGAAUCCAUCGGCGCUAUCCCGAGCUACAGCAGAGAUUCUGGCUUCCUUCGACAAUAUCGAUGAGAUAUGCUCUGGGGCAAGAUUAAGUUCUUGUGUGUUCUUGCAGGCGUGCAUCAAUGAAGCCCUCCGCUUGUCUCCACCCGUCACGGGUUUGGCCCCCCGCAAAGUUCUCCCGGGCGGCAUUCAAGUUGAUGGGAUAGAUUUUCCUGAAGGGACUAUCAUUGGAUCGCCCAUUUACACUUUACAUCGGAGCAAGGAUUACUUUCAUCAUCCGGAUUCCUAUCUUCCUGAACGCUGGCUCAUGGAGCCCGACGGAGGGAGUGAGAACGAUUGUAUCCGGUCGCCUCUCUACCCUUUUAGCCUGGGACCAAGGGCUUGUGUCGCAAAGAAGCUAGCCAUGAGGGAGAUUAGUUUGACCGUCGCGCGGGUGUUGUGGAUGUAUGAAAUGCGAACGGAUAAGGCCCUCUCAGGGGUCGCCGACUAUCAGCUGAAAGGAUGGAUGACAUCCGGGAGAGACGGUCCAUUUGUUCAAUUUAGACGCAGGUGGUAA